AUGCUGCCCCAUGGCGACGACAGCAUGCUCCCGCACACCCCUCCCCCCAGGUCGCCCGCCGUGCCCCAUGUGUCGAGUGCCUCGAAUCUCUCCCACCCGUCCACGGUCUCGUCCCGCGCCCACACGCCCCAACACCUGCCCGUGACCGUCACUCCUUCUGCUGCCCUCGGCCCGCCUGUAGACGCUCUGCCCGCCUCGUUGCCACCCACCGCCUCGUCGCCCACCGCCUCGCCUGCCCCCAGGUCGCCGCCGCCGUCCCUGCGCUCCCGCAAGCACGACCACCCCGCUGCGACCAUGAGCACGGCAACACGGCCGGGCGCGCACGACCACGGCGGCAUUCACCAGCACAGUGGCAUUCACCAGCACAGUGGCAAUCACCAGCACAGUGGCAUUCACCAGCAAAGUGGCAUUCACCAGCAAAGUGACACUCGCCACCACAAUGGAAAUCACCAGCAAAGUGACACUCGCCACCACAAUGGAAAUCACCAGCAAAGUGACACUCGCCACCACAAUGGAAAUCACCAGCAAAGUGACACUCGCCACCACAAUGGAAAUCACCAGCAAAGUGACACUCGCCACCACAAUGGAAAUCACCAGCAAAGUGACACUCGCCACCACAAUGGAAAUCACCAGCAAAGUGACACUCGCCACCACAAUGGAAAUCACCAGCAAAGUGACACUCGCCACCACAAUGGAAAUCACCACCACAACGACACCCACCACCACAAUGAUACCCACCACAACGACACCCACCACCACAAUGAUACCCACCACAAUGACAUCCACCACCACAUCCCCCCGCAGCGCCCACACGUCUCCUCGUCCCUAUCUGCCCCCGCCGGCCGCCUGCCGCGCCUGCUCCCCGCCGACCUCUCCUCCUACAGCGACCCCCUCGUCCCCACCGCCGCCAUUCCCACCUCGGCCACCUCGCUCGCCGAGCUCGCCCAUCUGAUCCGCCUCCAGGGCUACCAGGAGCAGCGCAAGGCCCACUCGCGUAUCCGCCUGCACCGCUGGCUGGUCUCGAGCGCCCUCUCCGCCCGCCUGGUCCACUGCGGCGAGCUGGCCUACCGCACCCUCGUCGACAACUUCCGCUCCGACGACAAGAAGAGCUUUGCCUCGCUGUACAACGCCCUCAACGACGUGCGCAACUCGUGCGACGCCACCCGCCAGUACGCCCUCUUGGAGCCCGACCUGGAGUUGGCAAAGGCCAAGAGCACCCCCAAGUCCGACACCCCCGCCCUCUCCUUUUCUACCUUCCUCCAUCAUGUCCCCUCCAAGAUCUUGGACCAUCUCCUCGAUUUCAUCUCCGAAGUCCGCACCAAUCCAGACUUCCUCGCCGCCAGGAUCGCGAGCCUGUCCCAGCAAGAACUGGCUUCUCUUUCGUCUUUUCGUCAAGCCCUGGAUCCGGUGGAGUCGGUCAUUGCCAUCACCGGCGCGCGUGCGAAGAACCCUGCUGCCGGCAAGCCUGCCAUGACUGGUCCCAGCCCUGUGGAGCGCCUCUUCUCCUUCCAGCGACACGACCCCUUGGCCGCACUCGUCUACACCAUCUUCGCCAACUCGUCCGGUCCAGACUCCGCCGAGGACCUGCGCCGGACCGAUGUCUGGGCCACUACGUGCGCCAAGAUGAUCAAGGAGAACAAGGCCGGAACCGACAGGUUCGUCAAGACCGUCCUCGACGUUUGGGCCGGUAUGCGCGAGUGGCCCGGGAAAACCAACCUGGAGCUCUACCUGAUGCACGUCCUGCAGGACGGCCAGUUUCUGCUGGAAAAGGCAGAGGACCAGCCCACACGACAAGGCCAGCCGGCACCGCGGAGCACAAAGGACACCAUCGCCGCGGACGAAUUCUUUGACAGAGCCGUCAAGCGCCUGUUCGAGGUCGUGGACGACGAGCCGAGCGCCGGAGGCAUCCCAGAAGGUAUCUUGGAAAUAGGAAAUGCCAUCCUCCGCAAGCUAGACGACGAGCGCGGAAUCCGCAGGAAGGCCCAGAGCUUCUUCGUGUCCCGCUGGCUGUUCACCACCUACCUGAUGAACGCCAUCAUCCAUCCCGAGACCCACGGGAUCAUGAUCCAGCACCACAUCAGCGAACACGCACGCCAGAAAAUCCUCAAGGAGAUCGCAGUCCGCGCACAGAAGCACGUCCUGGACCUGACCUACAAUUGGAAGCAACAAGUGCCUGUUCUUCCCGAGAUCCGCGCUCACAUUGAGAGCAUAAUAGCCAGGUUCAAGCACACCAAGACCUACGCCAAGCCGAUCCUGCUCCCGGCCAAGGCCAUCACCUCGCCACGCGAGACGGUCGAAGUACAGCCUUUCAUCGUGCUCUGCCCGUCAGACAUCAUCACCCUCGUCAACACGCUCUUCCCCGAGCGACGCCCCUCGUCCAGCCACCUGAACAAGGACGCCGAACGCCGAGGCGGGAUCGCAUCGUCUGCCUCGUCCAUGUCUGGCGUAUCCAUGCCGUUUCGCAGCGCCUCCGCAACCGCAACGGAUGCAAGCUCGGUCCUGAGUGCGAGUGCCUCCUCCAUGACCAGCGACACUACGUCUAGGGAGCCUCUGCUGGACACGGGUAACAUGGACCCCAACGUGCCGCUCGGCGAAGCCUACGCCGAGUCUACCAUCACCUCCAGCGAGAGCUACGGCCGACACCUGAGGAUGGCGUGCUCUGAGAUGUCGCGAAUCCUGGGCGUCGACGCCACCUCUGGCUCCUGCCAUCCCUGCAAGGAGCGGUGGGCGGUGCUGUACAUUUCUGCCGACGGCAAGCAACUGAAGCACCGCAUGCGAAAAGACUCGGACGAUGAGGAUGAGCACGACGAGGACUCGCACGAUACGGACAGCAGCGACGAUGAGGGCUCAGGCGCGAUCGAUCUUGAAAACGACUACCACCAGCUGAAGGAGGCCAUUGCUAAGCUAGUCGAAGAGUACGAGAUACCAAAAGAGCUGGCUCCCGACAGUGAGUCCAAGAGCUUCAGCAACCGCAUGACAACGCGGAAAGGAGGAAGGGGCCGAGGUCUGGGUCGAGUCGCGAGCGAGACGUUUGCAUCGCGCAACCCUUACCACCAGCCUCAACCGCAGACGCAGAGCCAGCUCACCAACCUCAUCGCAAGCCAACGCAAUGUGCCCGCACGCCACCGUUCGCCACAGCAUCCGAGGAGCAACAGCAACCCACAGAACCCGUCUGAAAGACAAGGGAACCACUCGGUUCUGGUCACCAUGCUCGAGUCGGCUAUGCUCCAGUGUCAGGCCCGCUCCGACUUUGUCAACGCGCUCAUGUACCACAAGACCCUGGCAAGCCUCCGAAGGCUCAGCUCUCCCACGCUCGUAAAGAACGGAUAUGCUGCGCUUCUCAACUACUUCUCGCGUGGUCCACGCGAUUCUCUGAGCAAAGCCGCAAACGCAAUCGAAGAGUUCGAAGCCUGGUUCGUCUGGCUGAAGCAAUCUCAAGAAAGGUCGGACGGUAUGAUCGAGGAGAUGAUGGCCGGCUUCAAGAACCUCCGAGACAAGAUGUGGUACAUCAGCGACGUCCGGGGCUCGAAGGAAUACGACGACGCCAAGAACGUCGCCCUGGCGCUCAAGAUCAUGGGCCAGCCUACCAAGUCGCUCGACGGCAAGCCUCUGCAGACCCCGCGGUCCCGCAACUAUUCCAAGUCGUCCUCGAACAACUUCGCGCUGCGGAACGAAGCUCAGCUCGUUGACGUCAUGGCUGCUUCGCAGGACUUUGGUGGUCCCAAUAAGCUGUCUGACGAACAGUCCGACAUCACGCUGAAGUGGAUCAAUCAGUACGGGAUCGAGAACUUCUGCAAGGGCGAAGAGCGCAUUCACCGCUUCUGUCUGGAGAUUGACAAGUGCGUCAACAAGAUCGUUGCUGAUAACCUGAUGGAAGGCCCUACUCUCUGGGCGAGCGAUCUGUACAAGCGCGACCAGCAGAUCCUCGAUAGCGGGCGGCAGAAGGGCGAUCUCUUCCUCACCGGCGUCGGCACUCUGUCUGUCGCUGGCGAUGAGGAGUACGAAACACACGGCCGACCCGGCUCGAGGAACCUCGACUUCGCGCAGCGCCCCAGCCACAGCAGCCUGCGCUCGGUGGCCAAUCGCAACGUUUCGGGUCACAGCUUCGAUCAGAGCCCUUGGGGCACCAGUCCCAUCGAGUCCCAAGACUACUUCGGCGCUUCCUCUCCCGUGCUGGCCAUCGACUCUGCUGCGACGUUCUGGUCGCCGUUCCAGACACAAGCUCAGUCACCGACCAGCGCCGCCAGCAUUCGCCCCCGAACAGCCUCUUCGUCCAAGGGCACCGUCAUGCUGAAGCAGUCGGCAAGCGUGAACGAGGAGAAGCGCCGCUUCUUGCUUGAACUGAAGCAGACGCUGACCGGCUUGCUUCUGAGCGACCUCGGGACCAUGGUCUUUGCCAACGGUAGCGAAACGGAUUCUUGGUUCAGCGGCGAUAUUCUGGAAGACUGCAUCCAGCGCAGAGACGAAGAGGAACGCAAGCGAAAGAAGCAGCUUGCGAAGAAGAAGAGCAUGAAGGGUCUGCGAAAGCACGCCCACGUCGAUCAGCGGAACGUGCCACUCGACACCCUCGGACGGACUGAGAGAGGCCAAGCUGCGCCGCCUGUCGCGACUUUCCAACAUGCCGCCGGCUCCGACGCCCAUCACUCCGCAGGCGAGCACUCUUCGACAUCGAGCGAUGCCACUUCACGCUCAGCUGGCAUCACGGCCGCGAAGAAGGCCGGUCUGCUCGAGUUCCCCUACAAUGUGGCGUUCCGGCGCCUGCUCAGCAAAUUCGCAACGCACCCAAACCCCUACUCCAAGCUACAUGCCCUCUACGAGCUGGAGCUUCUCAUUGUCGCUUCGCUGUCCUCUCGCUCUGGCCGCUCGUACAACAACCGCCGCGAUACCCUCCCCACGGUCCCACAGUCGCCCACCCUUGGCGCCGUUGCUGACUUCAGCUCGCGCGAGCCCGCGACCCAGCACUCCCGCGCUCAGAAUCUUGAAGAGGCCAUUGCGAACUGCGAAGAGCGCCGCUCCCACACCAUGACGGCCGAUCGCGGGCCUAACGCUUCACCGCUUCCUCACCGCAGCGGCGCUCGCUCUCCCGUUGGCCCGCCUAGCACCGACAUGAUUGUCGAAGUCAUCCAAGGCCUGCUCCGCGACGCAGACAUACGCCCAAAGUCUCUGUUCCGCGACCUGCAGUACAUUGCCUCGUUUGUGCCCGCGCAGAUGCUCGACAAGACGGAGCGCGGCAAGGCGUUUUGGGACGUUGGGCUCGCAGCGCUGGGGCUGAAGCAGGACGUCUGUCGGAUCAUGGUGGAGCUCGUGGACGAGGUCAUCAACGCGAGCAACUCGAACCGCUCCGCCGCCGUGUCGCAGAACACGACCUCGUCGGAAAAGAACAGCGCCGGCGUCCCAACCACCCACACGCCCGUUCCCGAGCCCGUCAGCCGCUACAACAUGGAAGAUGCAGCGCGCAUGCUGCUCAUCACCGCCAAAGAAGGCGACGCCGUGGCCGAGCGCGAACUCGCCAUCUUCUACCUCACGUCCCCCGAGCUCCUGCACCGCACCGUCCUACCCCUCACCAAGCCCAGCGACGUGUUCAAGACGGAGCUGCUCAACCGCGAGCGCAAAGCCAGCCAGGACCCAGCCCGCAGCGAUCCCAUGACCAUGUGUGUCGCCCAGCACUGGAUGGAGCAGAGCAUGAAGGGCGGCGACGGCCUGGCUGCAAAGUACCUUCGCCAGCGCUCCGAGCUGGAGAGUAUCCCCGGCCGCGCGUAG